CUUUCCCGACUUUUCCGGUUUUUUUGUGAUUGCUAAGUGACACAUGUGUCUCGCCCUUCCCGUCAACCUAUAUCUAGGCCGACGGUUCACCCCCAAAUAACUGACCUCACCUUCACUCUCCCAUCACCAAACAAUCAAAAGCAUUCCAGUCCAGAGAUACCCAAACAAACUCGCCGAGUAACAGCCUCAAUCCACUACUUUAAUUACAGCCAACCCCAUCGAUCAACAAAACUUGGAACGAUCUUCGAGCUCUCGAUAUCUGCUCCAUCUCUCCAUCAAACAAAGCCACAACUUCCACAAACAAAUCUUUAAUCAGCACACCAGACACAAUGGCAAUUCUCGGCUUGGGUCUCAUGGGCAGCGCCGCCCUCACUUGGGUGGCUGCCGCCAUUGUUAUGGGUAUCACUGCCUACUUUGUCCACACUGAGCGCACCGUCUUUGGCUACGAUGGCGGCCGCCACCUCGUCUACACUCUGGUCGUUGCCGUCCUGACGGUGAUUGUCUACCCGGUCGUCCUCUUCCUGUCUCGCGGCGACCAUGGAAACCGCGGCAGGCUCAUGCCCGUCAACCUGGUCUUCAGCUACCUCUGGCUCGCCGCCUUUGUUGUCAACACUGACGACUGGGCCGCCAACAACUGCCGCGUCUCGCGCCCUUUCACCGGCAUCAACAACGACGGCGACAACCUCUGUGGCCACAAGCACUCGGUCAUGGCCUUCAGCUUCCUGGCCUUCUUCUUCACUGCCAUCAACACUGCCGCCGAGGGUUUCUUUGCCCGCCGCGGUGAUGCCGCCUACGUUGACAAGCGCCACGGCAACCACGCCACCACUGCCAGCACAGUCUAAAUGGGUCUUUCCCAUGAAAGUGAUUCGAGUGCAGCAGCAGGCAAUCAAGACGCCUGGACAAGAUAUCAUGCACUCUCGACUCGAAGAUGAGACAUUAGUGGCGGCUCUGAGUGAGCGAGAGAUACUGCGGAGGAGAAUGCUUCACAUCUAUGCUGGAGCGAUAAUUUUACCCCUUGCCUUUUUCUGAUACCCUCUACGACUUAUGACUUUUCAGUCUAGCAUUGAAGGUCAUUUUUUCAUCAUUUGCGUUGCGCGUUGACGUUUUCAUUUUUCUCAGUUUGACAUGUACGAUGCAUGAUAUGGAUUGCCUGGAGAGAGCAUAGUUACCACCCCCCCCUAAUUAGACAGAUUCUAGUUGAAUCAAUACACUCCUUGUAAAACUUAGUACCCAACGCUGGCAUUCUAAAAUGUGAUUACACCGUCGUGUGUAGUCCUUGAAACUUCUG